GGGCUGCUCUCCUGAAAGGCGCUACAUCAUCAGCAUCCGUCCGGCGAGGGCUGCUCGAGGCAGGCAGCCCUGCAGUGGCACCUCCCUCACACACACACACACCGCACUGGAUGGACAAAUGGAGGAGAUAGUGUUAUGAUAAACCAAAAGUCCCCAUCCUCAGGAUCCUAUUACAUUUCACCAUGAACGUUGUCAUAUCACCAAAUGCCAGUGAGGCUUCGUCCCCUAUGAUAACUGCAGUGACCCCAACCCUGGAACCGGGCCCUGAUAAACAUGAUGAUCCAGACGUGUGUGAACCCAGCGUUAGCGCUGAUGGGUCGACCCAGAAACAAGAUCCCUACCGCAGGUUCCAGAAACCUCCGCCUCUCCACACUGGGGCCGACUGGAAGGUGGUUCUCCAUCUGCCGGAGAUCGAGACCUGGCUGAGGACCACCACGGAGAGGGUCCGAGAUCUCACACACUCUGUGCAGCAGGACAGCAGCAAUAGACAUGUGGAUGUGCAUCUGGUGCAACUCAAGGACAUCUGUGAAGACAUAUCUGAUCAUGUCGAGCAGAUCCACGCACUGUUGGAGACCGAGUUCUCCCUGAAGCUCCUGUCCUAUUCUGUGAACAUCAUAGUGGACAUCCGGAGUGUGCAGCUCCUGUGGCACCAGCUGCGAGUGUCGGUGUUGGUUCUGAAAGAGCGGCUUCUCCAGGGCCUGCAGGACUCCAACGGGAACUACACCCGGCAGACUGACAUCCUACAAGCCUUCAGCCAGGAUCACGACCAGGCUCGACUGGACGCUUUGACCGAAGUUGAUGACUCUGGCCAACUGACCAUUAAAUGCAGUAGGGAUUACUUCUCCCUUGACUGUGGCAUCACAGCUUAUGAACUGAGCGACUACAGUCCUAUUGAGGACCCAGAAGGUCGAGGACCACACUCGCUUUAUCCUGAGCUGGAGCAAGACUUUCCAGAGCUGCUUCAGAGUGUGGAUCUCCUCAACAUUGCAGCCUCCAGACAGAACCAGUUGUCAGCGUCAUCUACAGAGGAGUCUGUUACCUCCACCCAAAAACCUCAAGAGACAAUCAGUAGCCCCACAGAAAAAGAAGAAGAAGGUACAACAGAUUCAGCAAUGCAGGACGAUUCCAACUUUGGCCUUUCCAAGAGGCCUCUCCAUGGUGGCUUUAGGAGUGAACUAUCUCCAACACAGCCUUUGCCUAAAAAACCCAUGUACCUGGAGGGUGAUGGAGAUACCAGGUUUAGUAGACCUUCACCUCUUCAGUACCAGGCUGACUUGAGCAGAAGCACACCUUCUCUUUUGGAUACUCUAGAUCGAACAAAAUUUUGGCUGGAGCUAGAAUCUGUUUAUCCAGGCAGCGGGAGCCAAUCCUACGAGAGUCUCUAUGGCAUGAAUGCAAGGAACUUGCAAAUAGGACUCAAAAGGUCUGGUCAGGUUCCUCUUGAAAGACGAUUAUCGGAAGCUGAGCAUGAAUUUAGCAAGCAGAAACACUUGUCAAACCCUAAGACUAUGCACUCCAAAGCAAAGCAGGCUUACAGUGACUCUUCCAGCCCACCGCCAUCUUCAGGAGAGGACAUUUCAGACCACGAGCCACGUGCAAUGUCCUCCAGUCCUGAUGAUCAAGCUCCGGCAACAAAUUCUCUGUGGAUCAUGAACCAGAACGCUCUGUGCAUCUCUAAUGCAUCGAGCAACCUCAAAGAGCACUGGUACGGCUCAGAUGAGUUCCUCGCUCUUCCUGCCCAGCUGAAAAAGACAGAGAUUCUGGCAAUGAAGCUGGAAAGCCUCACUCAGGCUUUACCCCAAAGAGGCCUACAAGAGUCCAUUCAGGACGUGGAUGACUGGGAGCUCACUGAGGUCAACCCUGAUUGGGAGAGCAGCACUGAUCUCCAUUUGCUGCACCCCUAUAAGAAGUCAUCCCGAACCGGGCGCUUUUCUCCUACUUCCUCAAGCGAUGUGGCUCCUUCUUUGGAUGACAGUAUCGAAUCUGGACCCCUCAGCGAACUAAUGUCUGAGGACGAGGGGGCAAGGAGUACACCAGAGUCCAGGGCAAGAAAUGUAUCGAGUGAGCUGCCCAAUGUACCAAAGAUGAUGAUUCAAUGCACACCAUUGAUAAAGCAACUGCUAGCAGAUAUUCAACACCAAGACAACUAUGAUAAUGUCUGGACAAAGAUAGAGGGUUUUGUCAGUAAACUGGACGAGUUCAUCUGCUGGCUGAGAGACGCUCUAGAAACCACAGAAAACUGGACGCCGCCCAGAGCCGAUAUCGACAACCUCAGACUCUACCUGGAAACUCACCUUAGUUUCAAACUGAACGUGGACAGUCACAGCUCUCUGAAAGACAGUCUCCUGGAGGAGGGACGGCAGCUCCUGGAACUCAUCACCUCCCACAAAUCAGGGCUCCGGGACAUGCUCCAUAUGAUCUCCCAGCAGUGGCAGGAGCUGCAGAGACAGAUCCGCCGUCAGCACAACUGGAUGCUGCGCACACUGGACGCCAUCAAAACCCACAUCUUGUCCAGCGAGAGGUCCGAGGACGAGGCUCACAGUCAUCACCACAGCCCCAAGCAGGUGGAGGUCCAGCAGAGCCAUCGAGAGGCCCAGAAGGACAUUCUGGAUCAGAUGAGAGGGAAACUUCAGAGUCAACAGUUGUGGUCCGGCAGCAGAGGUGUCGACUUCAGUCUGAUGUCCAGGACUAGCAGCCUAUCAGAGUUUGAGGCCGAGUACCAGGAGCUCUGGGAUUGGCUGAUGGACAUGGAAUCCAUCGUGACGGACAGCCACGAUCUGAUGAUGUCAGAGGAGCAGCAGCAUCACCUCUAUAAGGGCAACAGUGUAGAGAUGUCCAUGUGGCUUCCCAAAAAGACUCAUCUUCUGGGCUGGUCUGAAAGUCUGAAGAGAAGCGGCUCCGAACUCCCUGCUGACUUUGACCAGCGGCUCUCGGCCCUCAGGAGCAAGUGGGAUCAACUCCAGAAAACGCUGUCGGAGCACAUGGUGCCCAGUGUGGUCCAGCAGAGCCAGCGUGAGCUUCUGUCUCCAGACACCAGCAGGAUGGUGACGCAGCUGGAGAGCCGCAUAAAGGAGUUAAAGAGCUGGCUGAGAGAAACCGAGCUCUUCAUCUUCAAUCUCAAUCUCAGACCAGACAACGCUCAACAAUGUGAGAGCAGCGCGCAGGACACAACAGAAGAGCCGCAACACGAGCCACAGACCAGCAAACAACUGCAGCACUUCAAGGCUCUGUGUGUGGAGGUGCGGGGUAGACGGAGGGGCAUCUCCUCAAUUCUGCGGCUCUGUCAGCGGCUGCUGGACGGGCCUGAACAUCAGAGCUCAGAGUCUAAGCGUCAGUCUCUACAGCUCCUGCAGGUCAACCUGGAGAGACGCUGGGAGGCCAUCAUCAUGCAGACGCUUCAGUGGCAGAGUCGACUCAAACGCUCACUCGGCAGAGACCAGGUCCCUGGGAACCUCAUUGAGCCUUCGCUCAUGGACCUCCAUGGCCUGACAGAAGACUCUUGGGAGUGGGACGAGAUGGACAUGACCAUCAAUAUGGAGACGCAGAACUGUGAAGAUGAGGAAACUCCUGGAUCUAAAUCACACCUUAAUUCCCCAAAGGAGCCUUCGAGUCUCACUGAGUCAUGCCCAACUGACACACAGUGCGCUCCAUCUUCCCAUGUUUAUCAGGUGUACAGUCUGCAUAACGUAGAACUCUAUCAACAACCCCAAUAUAAUCACAAAUCAUCUCCAGCCAAAGCGCAGCAAUCACUGCUCAAGAGAGUGAGCAUGGAUUCAUCCUUCUCCUCGGCUGAAUCUCUACCUGAUAUCCUGGGAGACCUGCUGAGAGGGAAACAGAGGCUGCUAUCAGAUUCAGCCAGGAGAUCAGAAAGCGAAAGUGGGAUAGUAAGUGAAGGGGACACAGAGACCUUGGGUAACUCUGAAAUUUGCCUGCUGUGCCAGAGCGAUGAUUUAAAAGUUUGCGUUACCCUCACUCCUCCUAUCAGAGAAGAUUCACAUAAUAGAGACAGAGUCUCAGAUGAGGACAUAGACAGAGUUUUGGAGCGUGCCAACAAGUGCGCUGAAUAUGGUGACAGUCUUACCAUUGUGAAGAGAGACCAGCGAUGCCAUGGCACGAGAAAGAAGAGAGAUGAUUGUGGAGAAAGCAGAAAGAAACAUCGCAAGGAGCCUGUGAAGAUCCUUGCCAAAGGCCUCGGGCUAUGCCAAGAGUCUGGCGAUGAAAAUCCCAGCAUGAGUGGAGAUGAUGAGAGAGUGACUACACACCGAAAGCUCCAAAAGGAGUUUGCACAGCUCUCCCAGGGGUCUUCCCUAGACUCCCUUUAUGCAGUGGGAGAACUGUUCCCAACAAGCAAAGAGACACUCACUCGUAGCACUUCCCUAGAAAGUUGGCUUGCUCCGUGUAAGAGUGCAGAGGACGGGGGAAGUAAGGAAAGUCUGAGGGACAUCGGAUCGACUGUGGAGCCCACUGGGGAACUCAGCAGAAGAACUCUAGAGCUUCUGAAACGCCUUGAGAACAUCCAAAGCCCACUCGCUCUGAAGAUGACGCGCAGUGUGUCUGACGUAACGCUCCAGAGCAGCUCACUGUGGCGUGGGUCACGCUCGGCUGGCGCUCCCUCCUCCAUUAACGAGAGCUCGGCAGCCUCCCUGACAGAGCUGAGCAGCACUGAAGACUCCUCGGUGGCAUCCGAAGACUUAGCCGUGCAAAUGAACCGCUGCAUAGCUGCUGAAUCCAAUGCUUCCUUCCGAAAACAUUGCCACAGCCAGCAACAAGCGGAUGAGACAGAUGCUAGUAUCAGUAUGGUUGUUAACAUUUCAUGCACAUCAGCCUGCACCGACGAUGAAGAAGACAGCGAUCUUCUCUCCAGCUCCACUUUGACUCUCACCGAAGAGGAGCUUGGUAUUAAAGAUGAUGACUCUAGUGUAACCUCAGAGGAAGAGUACAUCGAAGGCUCCUUCGCUCUUGGGUUGGAUUACAUAAAGGGUGAGUUUCAAAGCUGGAUGAAGCCUCGAUCUCAGAUUAGAGAGAAAAACGAGGCAGAUCUGGUGGAUGAACUGCAGUGUGGCACCCUGUCUAGAGACAUCCUGUCACCUAUUAAGACUGCCAGCGAUCGGCAGUUUCUCAGCAGAUCUGCAUUGAGGCUCCUGGAAGCCAACACUAAUGCUAAAAACGAGAGUCUCAAGCACCGGGAGGUGGAUGGGAACCGCCGGGAUGCCACCAGGAACUAUAUCAGCUGCUUUGUGGAUGAUAUGGAAAACGGCAAUGUCGAGAGCUCUCACAUCAAAGCCAAAGACGAAGAUGAUGAGCUGCUGAGGGAGGAGGGAAGUCUGCUAACCAAGAAAGGGGAGCCAUUUAAAGCCUCCUACGGGGUGGAUGCUACCACGGGCAUCAAAAGCAAUAUGCUGACCACCACCUCUCCAUCCUCAUGUGAACAGUUGAGCUUGGGCUCCCUGGAAGGGCAGUUAAAAGGCGAGCUGCCUUGUCACAAUUCUCGCCGUCCCUCCCCUUCACUGUCUCCAAUAGAUGAUUGCUCGGGGUUAGCAGCACACACUCUCAGCCGACAGAAGCAGCUUGCCGCAUUUCUGAACGACGUCCACGAAAACCAUCAGGAAGGCUCUUCAGAUUGCUGCAGUCACCCCUCUUUUAUGUCCAAAGAAGCCAGGAGUGAAAACGUUCAUGACUUUGUGAUGGAGAUCAUCGACCUGACAUCUGUGGCCCGGAAAACCAAAGAGGAGCCGACUGAGGUUUGCAGCCCAACGUCUGUAUCUCAGAUAAAAGAGAAGGUCCUCGAGCACUCCCAUCGGCUUAUUCAUUUGAGAAAGGGCGACUUUUACUCAUAUCUCUCGCUGUCUUCACAUGACAGCGAUUGCGGAGAGGUCAGCACAUGCACCGAGGACAAGAGCAGCACCCCGAUCCUUUCCUGUAGCCCAGAUAUCCGUGACGAAGAGCCGCUGUUUGAGGCCUGUACGGAAGAAGUGUACCUAGGCCCUCCUCUCUGUUACAGCAUGUCCAUUAGCAAACGGCCCACGAGACAUGGCGCCAAACUAAUAGAGCCCCUCGCUCUCCUAAAACCUUCAUCGGGCUGCGAUGAAUACCAAAAAGCACAUGGUGUUUCUGAAGCAAGUGUAGCUGGUAGCCAGUCAGAGUGCCAUAAUGAGGCGCCUUAUCUUAAUCCUUUACCAUGUGAAACCCCGAUAGAUACUGUUGAAUGUUUUGCAGAUACUAAAAUGCUUGAAUCCAAUAUUUCCCCUGUAAUGACUAAGAUAAGAGUCUCUUGCUCCACUACAAAUCCUUUAAAAGAGGAUGGCAGCCUUUAUAUUAAUCCCAAAAUUAACUGUCCGCUGAUAAGGAAGACUGAUAGCGAUGAAAGGGCUCCUGCUUCACAGUUGAUGAAACAGAAGAAUGUCGGGAAAGGGCGCCGCUCUCUGCUGGAAGCCAGGUCGACUCAUAAACAGCUGCCGAGGUCAGAGAGCAGCAGUGGUGUUGCGCAGGGCUGCAGGGCUCAGAUCAGUGGUGCACAGACUGAUAGCUCAUCUGCAGGAACAACUAGAGUCAGCAGCAGGCCUCAGGUCAAGAGAUUGUCCGGAAGUGUGACCUCCUCUGUGAGUAAACCCUGACUGAUGGACUGAAGGCUGUCUGAGGCAUUUUUUGUUGGAUGGUCUGGAGAGUUCCUGCAUGGUCUGACACUUAACACAUCUAAACUCCUUCAUCCUCUUCCUCCAAGCUGCUCUACUAUUUACCCAAACCCUUUACUCUCCUGGUGACCAGAACUCAAACACUGUAAACCUCCCUCAGCAGUCUUCCAUCUUUCCUAUAAUCCUCUUCUGUCAGAUCCUGAUGAGCGAAUCAGUAAUGUGCUCCUGAUCGGCACGUAAAAAGCUUCACGUUUUGGUUUUUUCACGUAGCGCCACAAUUUCUAUGCAACACGACGGUUGUGUGGCAUGUGAUUUUAUGGCUGUUUGAUGCGAUUACUGUUUUUUUUUACUCCCUGAAAAACAAAGAAAUGUAUCAACAUUUUGUGCCUUGCAGUUACUGUGUGUGCGGUGCGAAAGCAGACAUGCGGCAAGGCUGAGAUCGACUGUAAAUAUGUAAACUGUACGUUAAGACCCUGAUGUAUAAUGAUGUCAUAAUACUUCAUGUUACCGUGUUACUGUUUGUGUUUCGUGACGUGGAUUAAUAGCUACUGUUAGACUGCAUGGGGAAGUAUGUACAAGGACAACUUCCAUAAAUAAACACAAUUUAUUGAAUUUA